CGCGUAAAGCAAAGGAGCGCAAUAAUAAUAACAAAGAUUGCCGAUGGCUGCCACUUACAAAAAUAAAAUCGUGCAUUUAUCAACACGGAACGAGAGGCGUAUCGUGAUACAGGAGCUUUAUUAACGAGCCGCCGAGGAUGAGCGCCACUCGGUAGGACUUGGACGCGACAUGGAAGAGAGCGCGGCCUCGGUGGCAGCUUCGGCCGUGAAUCGCUCGUCCGAGUUAUAAGGCAAGACUGGUCCGGCGGCUCUCGAGUCUCAGUUUACGAAAGGGGUAGCGCAUCCGCGGAGGCACGUAAGCGUGCGAGUGUCGAGCAGCCAGGGAGUUGGUCGUGGUGAGCCUUGGGGAGAAGUGGUCAAGGCGUAAGCCCCGUCGCUCCGAGGGAGAAAGAGAGGUUAAAAGUGAAGCGCCGAUAGGGGCUUGCGUACGUGAUCGCUGCUGCGUAGGCCGACCUACGGCCAGGAUCAUGACCUCCAGCGCGCGAAGGUGCUGCUCGUCAUUGCUAAGGACGCUCCAGGCGCGGAGCCUCGAGCCGACCCGGCGCACCUUCUCCCACGUCGUCGAGACUACUCCCGUCGCCGUCUAUGAUCAUCUUCAGAGACCACUUCCAGCGGCCAAUGGCCGAAGCGUACACUCGGUGGCGCAAACUAGUUGGGUCACCACAAGGGAUGAGAGUCGUGAAAUGAUGGCACUUUGGCCGGAUGUUGUACGGGAUCUCACGGAUGCUGGACGACACCUAGACAUUCCUGAUGCAACCAAAUGGCUAGCCAAAGUACUGCAAUACAAUGUUCCAAGUGGUAAGAAAAAUCGAGCAUUGUCGCUAGUCUAUUCGUACAGAAAACUCGCGCCUUCGGAUCAAUUAACAGAGGAAAAUAUCAGAUUAGCGAGAAUUUUGGGAUGGUGCGUCGAAAUGUUCCAGGCGUAUUACCUUGUGUUAGACGAUAUCAUGGAUCGGGCACCGUCUCGAAGGGGUCAGCCUUGCUGGUAUUUACAGAACAAUAUUGGUAUGUCCGCCAUAAACGAUGGUAUUUUAUUGGAGCAAGCGAGUUACCAGUUGCUAAGAUUACACUUUAAAGGGAGACCGUGCUACCUCGAUCUUAUUGAGACUUUCCAGCAGAAUACACUGAAAACGGUAAUGGGCCAGACAUUAGAUUCAUUGGCAACAAAUUUUGGUAAAAAGCCAAAUUUUACUCUCUUCACUAUGGAUCGAUAUAAUUCAAUUGUCAAAUACAAAACGGCUUAUUAUUCAUUCGUCAUGCCAGUUCAGCUCGCUAUGUUUUUCGCUGGAAUACAAGAUCCAGAAAUGCAUAGACAAGCUAAAACCAUUCUGUUAGAAAUGGGACAUUUCUUUCAAGUGCAAGACGAUUAUCUUGAUUGUUACGGUGAUCCCCAGGUAACUGGCAAACAAGGGACGGACAUCCAAGAGGGUAAAUGCUCCUGGCUCACUAUUGUUGCUUUGCAACGUGCUAGUCCAGCACAAAGAAAAAUAUUGGAGGAGUGUUAUGGUGUUGAUGACUUGGAGAAAGUUGCAAAAGUGAAGCAAUUAUAUAAUGAUUUAGGAUUACAAUUAACGUAUUCUGUUUAUGAAGAAGAAAGUUACAAUCUCAUGAACACUCAUAUUCAACAAAUCUCACGCGGUCUUCCACAUGAUUUAUUCUUUAAACUUUUGGAAAAAAUAUAUCGUAGGGACUCAUAAA